UCAAAUUGGUUGGGAACCCAUAACAUUGCCUGAUUUGUGUUGUCUGAUUUCGAUUUUAACCUUUUUCAAGUGCAUUAUUACUCUGCUUAUUUACCGACUAGCAUAGUCCUCAACGUCCAAAUGGCUGACACGAAAAAGGCUCUUUUUAUCUGUCUCGGCAACAUCUGCCGCUCGCCGAUAGCGGAAGCGGUGUUCCUGAAGACAAUCGCUGACGCCGGCGUCGCCGAUCAGUGGGAGGUGGACAGCGCUGCCAUCGGUGGGUGGCACGUAGGAAACCAGCCGGACCACCGGGCGCUGGCCACCAUGAAGAAGCACGACCUGCCCUACGAUAACCGCGCCCGGCAGAUCACCAAGAAGGACUUUGACCACUACGACUACAUCUUCGGGAUGGACCAGGAGAACAUGUCCGAUCUGAAAAGUCGCGCCCCGAAGGGAUCCAAGGCGAAGCACCUGCUGUUGGGCGAUUACGAUACGGACGCCCCGGGGAAGAUCAUUCGCGACCCGUACUACGAUCAGGGAAGCGAAGGAUUCGAGCAAUGCUACGUGCAGUGUGUGCGAUGCUGCAAGGGGUUCCUCGAUAAGGUCGAAAGGGGCGAACUGUGAUAGAGUUGUUGCUUUGUUUUUUGUUGGAGAAGGCUCUUCAAAUGGGUGUAAUAAAGGUUAAAGGUGAAACCAAUCAAUAAAUAGUAUGUGUCAAACCCACAUUCAGAUCAUAAGCAGCUGAUUACAGAGAAGUGCUAAUAAUAA